GCUCACUCACAUUCUCCCUCCAGCAACAGCAAUGAGAGCAGUCAGGGUUCAGUGAGCAAACUCGGGGAAAAGAUGGCGAGGGGCCCGGGAGUCACGGCACUCCUUGUGAACCUCUGCUGCAUCGUGAGGUUCAUUUCGGCGCAAGACGUUCUCACCUAUGCUUAUGGAGUGAAUGGGUUCAGUUUGCACCCGCCUUACUUUAAUCUGGCCGAGGGAACACAGAUCACAGCCACGGCCACUUGCGGAGAGGAUGAAAGUGAACGGCCGAUCGAGGAUCUGUAUUGCAAACUAGUCGGCGGGCCAGUAUCCGGUGACCCCAGCCAGACCAUCCAGGGCCAAUAUUGUGAUAUUUGCAAAGCAGGGAGUAACAAAGCACAUCCAAGCACCAAUGCCAUUGAUGGGACAGAACGCUGGUGGCAGAGUCCUCCUCUCUCUCGUGGCCUGGAGUACAAUGAAGUCAACGUUACUCUUGAUCUUGGCCAGCUCUUCCAUGUGGCUUACGUCCUCAUCAAAUUUGCAAAUUCUCCACGGCCAGACCUUUGGGUCCUUGAACGGUCUACAGACUUUGGAGAGAACUACCUCCCUUGGCAGUAUUUUGCCUCUUCCAAAAGAGAUUGCAUUGAGAAAUUUGGGCCAAAGACUGUGGAACGCAUUAUAAACGAUGAUGAUGCAAUCUGCACCACUGAAUAUUCACGUAUAGUGCCUCUGGAAAAUGGAGAGAUUGUAGUUUCCUUGGUAAAUGGACGACCUGGAGCCAUGAAUUUCUCCUAUUCUCCUGUCCUUCGUGACUUCACCAAAGCCACCAACAUCCGACUGCGGUUCCUCCGAACAAACACCCUCUUGGGGCAUUUGAUGGGCAAGGCAUUAAGGGACCCCACAGUCACACGGCGGUAUUACUACAGUAUCAAGGACAUCAGUAUAGGUGGGCGUUGUGUCUGUAAUGGUCACGCUGAUGCUUGUGAUGCAAAGGACCCAUCUAAUCCAUACCGGCUUCAGUGUGAUUGUCAACACAACACCUGUGGAGUGUCAUGUGAUCAUUGUUGCCCUGGAUACAAUCAGUUGCCUUGGAAACCUGCAACAACAGACAGUGCAAAUGAAUGUGAACCCUGCAAUUGUAAUGGUCAUGCAUCUGAAUGUGUGUAUGAUCCCGCAGUAGACCAGCGUCAAGGGAGCUUGAAUCGGCAUGGCCAAUACGAAGGAGGUGGUGUCUGUAUUGAUUGCCAGCACAACACUGCCGGGGUGAACUGUGAGCGUUGUGUGGAUGGAUAUUAUCGGGCCCCCAACGUUCCAGCUGAUUCUGUGGAUGCCUGUAUUCCUUGUAAUUGCGAUUCCGAGUUCACAGAAGGUACCUGUGAGGAUAACACAGGCCGCUGCUACUGCAAGUACAAUUACGCUGGUGAGAAUUGUGACCAGUGUGCCCCAGGAUAUUACGACUUCCCCAGCUGUCACCCAGCUUUGCCAGUGAAUCCCACACAAUCCACAGGGGCCUUGAUUCAUGUGGGUGAAAUAAUAAACUGUGACUGCAGUGCAGUGGGAACCCAGAACAAUGACUGCCAGCCAGACCCGCACACAGGGACCUGCAGCUGCAAGCCAAAUUUCACAGGCCGCUUCUGUAAUCAGUGUGUGCGUCAGCACUUUGGAGCAAGCUGCCAGCCCUGUCGCUGUUCUGGCCCUGGUGUUACCGACGGGAGCUGCAAUGAGGAGACAGGACAGUGCUUUUGUCGGCAAGGAUUUGAAGGUUUCUACUGCAACCAGUGUGCCCCAGGCUAUUUCAACUACCCACUUUGCCAAUUGUGUAGCUGCAGCAUUGCCGGAAGCCUGCCUGAAGUUUGCGAUCACUCUGGGCGUUGUCUGUGCAAGCCGGAAUUCGACGGGGCUCGCUGUGACCAGUGCGCUAUUGGCUUCCAUUCCUAUCCACAUUGCCAUGUUUGCUCAUGUGAUGAGCGUGGAUCAGUGAACAACCUCUGUGGUUCUACAGGCCAGUGCCAGUGCCUUCCCAGCUACUCAGGACCCACGUGCAACCAGUGUGCUCCAGGUUUCUAUGGACACCCCAGCUGCACACCUUGUCUGUGUACCUUGGAGGGCUCGUACAUUAACUCCUGCGACCAGGAAACGGGAGUGUGUAGUUGCCGUCCUUAUGUGACGGGAGUGCAUUGUGACACAUGUGUAGAAGGAGCUUAUGGUUUCCCAAAUUGUCGAGUGGCUUCCUGUGACCCAGCAGGUUCUAUAUCUCUCUCCACAAAUGAAGAAUCCUGUCAAUGUCGGAGAAAUGUCGAAGGUUCCGCCUGUGAUAAGUGCAAGCCUCUUUUUUGGAAUCUGUCACCAGAAAACCCUUGGGGAUGUUCCAGCUGUCAGUGCCAUAUUGAAGGUACAUUAAAUGGUGUAGCAGAAUGCUUGCAGAAUGAUGGCCAGUGUUACUGUAAGCCUAAUGUCUGCACACGCCAUUGUACAGCUUGUAAAGCAGGGUACUAUAACCUCAACGGCAGGCAUUAUUUUGGUUGCCAAGGUUGCCAGUGUGACAUAGGAGGCUCUGUGGGCAGCUUGAUGUGUGAUGAACAGUCAGGGAGUUGCCAAUGCAGACAGAAUAUUGAAGGACGCACAUGCAACCAAGCAAAGCCUGAUCAUUACUUCCCUGAUCUGCAUCAUCUGCGGUUUGAGAUCGAGGAUGGUACAACUCCUGACGGGAGAUCUGUUCGUUUUGGGUUUAAUCCACUUGAGUUUGAAAACUUUAGCUGGAGGGGUUAUGCACAGAUGUCUCCAAUUCAGCCUAAGGUAGUUGUGACUGUCAAUGUGACUUCCCCUGACCUGUUUCGCGUUGUCUUCCGCUUCGUGAACCGUGGACCCACUGAUGUGAAAGGAAUGGUCAUGGUCAGCGAAGUAAAUCUUGAUGCUUGUGGGAACUGUUCAGAACAGACUAAGCAGAUCAUAUUUGCUCCCAGUGCCGAACCAACCUUCGUCACCGUGCCACAGAAUACAUUUGUGGAACCUUUUGUUCUCAACCCUGGUUUGUGGUCAGUGGUCAUCGAAGCAGAGGAUAUCCUCUUGGAUUACCUGGUCCUUCUGCCCAGUGCUUACUAUGAAGCACCAAUCCUUCAGCUCAGAGUGACAGAACCCUGCACCUACACAGUCAGCCAUCAAGACACCAGUCAGAAUUGUUUGCUGUACAGACAUCUUUCCUUGGAUGGCUUUCCCUCACUGCAGGCUACUGAAGGAAUGUGUGCCAAUGAAAAUUACCUCCGCAGCCAGUGCCAAGUGAUACAGCCCACUCUGAGACAUCCACCAAUGGUUGUCCUUAAUGAUAAACAGGUCAAUGUACAAUUGGGAAUGAGGGUUCCACAUUCAGGCGCCUAUGUGGUACUGAUCGAAUACGCAACUGAGACGGAUCCAGGAAAAGGCCUCAGUGUUGUCAUAAAUGCUUUAGGAGGGCAAGACCAACACAUCACUAUUGAGCUCCAUAAUUGCAAAUACAGUUUUCUCUGCCAUGGAGUUGCAAUUGAUUCUUUGAAUCGUGUCGCUGUGUAUGAAUUAACAACUAGAGUUGAACUACAGAUUGUGGCAGACUCAGCCAAUGUUCUACUGCACAAGGUGUAUCUCAUACCCCAUGAACAAUUCACCAUGGAAUAUGUACUGCCAAGCGUAUAUUGCAUCAGCACUCAUGGAACAUUUGAACCAGACAGUGGUUCCUGCUCAUCGUCCAGGUUUCAAAAGCCAUCUCAGUCCAUUACAUUGACGCAAGGUGAAGUAUCCUCUGCUUCGACUCUACUGCACCUUUAUCCACCCAGAGCUCCUCCUGUGGAGAGGCCCUAUCGACCACAGCAGCCUCCCAUUCAACCACCCACCAUUGUGGCGACAGCUGACUUAAUCUUGCUUCGAUUCCCUCAGACUGUUGUCACCUUUGGUGGCCGUGUUCAGACUCUGGGUCGCUACAUCUUUGUGAUUCACUUCUACCAGCCAGAGCACCCUACCUUCGCUGCGGAGGUGCUGAUUAACGGAGGGCGGAUUUGGCAAGGUCAUGCCAAUGCUUCCUUCUGCCCCCAUGGGUAUGGAUGUCGUACUUCAAUCCUUUGUGAAAAUAAAAUUGUUCUGGACAUAACUGACAAUGAGGUGUCCAUUAUCAUUCGCAUUCCGGAUGGCAAGACUCUGUGGCUGACCUACAUUUUGAUUGUGCCAGAAGCUAGCUACAAUUCAAACUAUCUGGUGGAAGAACCUUUGGACAAGUCUUAUGAUUUCAUCAGCACCUGUGGAGCAAACAGUUUCUACAUCAACCCUUCCACUACCUCGAAAUUUUGCAAAGACUCCAUGGUAUCACUCUCUGCCUUUUACAAUAAUGGUGCCCUGCCUUGUUUGUGCCAUGAAGUGGGUGCCAUGAGCACUUCCUGUGACCCCUUUGGAGGGCAGUGCAACUGUCGACCGAACGUGAUUGGCCGUGACUGCUCCCGUUGUGCCAUUGGUUACUAUGGAUUCCCCAACUGCAGACCAUGUGACUGUGGCCGGCGUUUGUGUGAAGAGGUCACAGGUCACUGUAUCUGUCCCCCUCGGACCGUGCGCCCAGAAUGCAUCACCUGUGAGCCACAGACGUUUGGUUGCCACCCACUGAUCGGCUGUGAAGCGUGCAACUGCUCUCACUCGGGGAUUCAAGACACGACCAGACCAGAAUGUAACACUGAGAGCGGACAGUGCAGGUGCAAGCCUAACGUAGCUGGACGUCAGUGUGAUCGCUGUGCUCCUGGAUACUACCACUACCCAGACUGCGUGCCAUGUGACUGUAAUGAAGACGGAACAGAAGCUAGUGUUUGUGACUCGCUCACUGGCCAAUGCCAUUGCAAGGAAAAUGUGGAAGGCCCACGGUGUGACACCUGCCGUCUAGGAACCUUUUACUUGGAUCCAACCAAUCCCAAAGGCUGCACCAGCUGCUUCUGCUUCGGGGCUACAGAUCGCUGCCGGAUCUCUGACAAGCGAAGGGCUGCAUUUGUGGAUAUGGAUGGUUGGAAAUUGGUGAGUGGGGAUCGCCAAGAACUACCAGCAUCUCUCAACUCUGAAGAAAGAGAGGUUGAAGUGAAUCUUCGUGAUGUGACCGAUAUUUACCAAGAACUGUACUGGCAGGCGCCACUUCCCUACCUUGGAGACCAGGUUUCCUCGUACGGAGGGCACUUGAUGUACAAGCUUCGGUCUGAAGUUCUGCGUGGUGACAUCAUCUCUCUACCAGUCGAGGUUCGCCCUGAUGUGAUUCUGAAGGGAAACCAAAUGACCAUAAUGUAUGUAGCCAAGGAUUAUCCAGCACCUGGGCAGCUUCAUGAAAACCAGCUUCAGCUGGUGGAGAGUAACUUCAGGCAUUCACAAACACAUAACCCUGUGUCCAGAGAAGAAAUGAUGAUGGUGUUGGCCAGCCUGGAUGACCUACAGAUUCGAGCCCUUCACUCCCAAUUGGCCAAGCGUGUUGCCCUACGGAAUGUAAUCCUCGAGCAAGCUUCAAACUCGGGAGACGGGGAUGCUGCCAGCAAUGUGGAAAUCUGUCUCUGCCCAGCUAAUUAUGUAGGAGAUUCCUGUCAGGACUGUUCACCAGGUUAUUAUCGAGAUACAAAGGGCCUUUUCCUGGGUAAAUGUGUACCCUGUAAUUGCAAUGGCCAUUCUGACCAGUGCCUCGAUGGUUCUGGAAUAUGUGUAAAUUGCCAGCAUAACACAGAAGGAGACGACUGUGACCGCUGUAAGGCUGGGUUGGUUCAAAACGCCACUCUAGAAGCAGCUUCUCUCUGUGUACAGUGCCCAUGUCCCCUCAGUGUUUCUUCUAAUAACUUUGCAAAGGAUUGUGUUCAACGUGGAAGUCGUUUGCAGUGUCUCUGUAAACCAGGGUAUGCUGGCUUAAAUUGUGAAAGGUGUGCCCCAGGUUACUAUGGAAACCCAGUGGUUUUGGGAAGCCAAUGUCGGCCGUGCAAUUGUAAUGGCAACACGGACUCAAACAUGCUGUUCAGCAAUUGCGAUUCAUUGACAGGAGUCUGUCUGGGGUGCAUGCACAACACUGCUGGGCCUCACUGCGAACAUUGUGCCCCAGGUUUCUAUGGAGAUGCAUUGAUCGGCAAGAACUGUGCACCGUGCAGUUGUUCACCAUGUGGGACUAAGUCUUGUGACGACCGCACUGGUGAGUGUCGAUGUAAGCCUGGGGUGAUGGGACCACAGUGUGACCGCUGUGAGGCUGGAUAUUACGGAUACGACAGCUGUGCUGGUUGCAAGAGGUGUUCCUGCGGUGUGGCUUCCCAGAAUAAAAUCUGUGACCCCCAAAGUGGCCAGUGCCUGUGCCUUUCUGGUGUAAUCGGCCGCCAGUGUCGGCAGUGUUCCCCGGGAUACUGGAGCUACAGUUCGAGCGGUUGCCAAAGGUGUAACUGCAAUGGGGGACCCUGCAACCCUCGGACCGGAGAGUGUGUGUGUAACAAUGGGUUGGCAGGCAGGCAGUGUGAUACCUGUUUGCAGUUAUAUGAGAUCCCUGUCAUUGACGGAGUCGAUUCCAUGAAAUGUGAACCUUGUGAUAGUUGUGUAGUGGUUCUUUUGGAGGAUCUGAACAGGACAGCUGCAAUGCUGCCAGAAAUCAGAGGCCAGCUUUCAAAUGUGACUGCCAGUUCUAUUGCUUGGAAGCGAAUGAGUGCUUUGAACGACAGCUUAGGGCAGCUUGCGGAUGAACUGAGCAGAUACCGGGGAUCACAGGACCAAACCAAGGAUCAGACUGAUGAGCUGGAGACUGACAGCAUGAAUCUAACACAAGACUUGGAUGCAUUUGAAGAAAAGGCCACCGUGACAGACAAGAGGGUAGCAGCACUGAGGGAGAGUGUUGAUGGAACCCACAGGCAUGCUACUGGAUUGCUUAAUAAUAUCACAAGCAUCAGAGAGACCAUUUUAGAUCUGAUUGAACAGAUGAACAAAACACAGUUGGACACCAGCAUGCCAUCCACUGAAGAAUUUUUGGAGAAGACUGCCAAGGUUGAGAUGUUGCUAAGGGAAAUGAGGGCCCGCAAUUUCAGCAGUCAGCACGAUGUGGCCGAGCAAGAGAAAGAUGAAGCGAAGAAAUUACUUGAACUUGUCAAAGAGCAGCUGGAUAAACCUUUACAAGACCUGAGGGAUUUGAUCGACGGCAUCAACGAUAUGUUAAUAAAACAUAACUCUGAGUUGAUGGACCUAAGGGAUGCCCUUAAUGAAGCAGUUAACAAAACUGGACAAACAAAUGAAAAGAACAAAAUCAAUGAGCUUUUAUUGGCAGAGAACAAGCAAAAUGUGGAAGAUUUGGAGAAGCAACACAGGCAAGUCGUGGAAGUGCUAAAGAUGGCAAAGGAUGCCCUGCAACAGGUCUUGGAUUUCCUCCGCAUGUUGGACAAUGCAAAGGAGGAUUAUGAAAGGUUGGCUGCAGAGUUGGAUGGAGCCAAGAUGCCUCUCACUGAAAAAGUGAAAAAAUUCUCGCCAGCAAGCAACAAGAUCCCAAUUAUUGAGCAUACCGAGGAGCACGCCCGGUUCCUGGAUGAGCUGGCUAAGAACCUGUCCAAGGCAAUUGAAGACACCAACCAAGACGAAUUCAUUCAGCGAGCAGUGAAUGCCUCCAAUGCGUAUGCUGGUAUCAUUGAGGCAGUGGAGAGAGCCAAGGUUGCAGCAAAGGAGGCCAAUGAUGCAGCUAAGAAGGCUUUAGAGCAAGUUAUAGAUGAAGAUCUGGCUCGUCAAGCUGGAGGUUUGAAGAAGUCAGCCAGCCUGCUUGUGGAAGAGGCUAAAAAUGCCCAGAAAAAAUCAGACGAUGAAUUGAAGCCUGCACUGAAAGAAUCAAAGAAGCGGCUGAAUGAUGCAAAAGCCAAGAAGAACCAACUCCUCAAACAGCUGGAAUCGGUUCAAAAUAUGCUGAAAGAUAUCAAUAGAGGUGACGUAGCUGAUAACAUUGCCACAGCAAAGGAGCUAGCUGCUGCUGCAAACAGGACGGCUGUGGAUGUGCGGAACACUCUGGCUCCUAUGAAAGAAAACCUGGACCAAUGGAAAGAGAAAUAUGGGGGACUACCGACCGACAGCGAGGACUUUAACAAAACUCUGCAGGAAGCAAAUAAAUCUGUGGCAGCACUAAAUGAAACAAUCCCACUGCUACUGGAUAAACUAAAUAAGCUGGAAGUCCGGAAUCAAACUUCAAAUAUUUCUGCAAGUAUUGAUCGCAUUCGUGAACUAAUCUCACAGGCCAGAAGUGCAGCCAAUAAGGUGAAAGUACCAAUGAAAUUCAAUGGCACCACAGGAGUCCAGGUGAGAUCACCCAGCAAUCCAGAUGACCUAAAGGCAUAUACCUCGCUGUCGUUCUACAUCCAAAGAGACAAUGAGAAGAGGCAACCUGGUGACUCCGCCCAGUUCAUCCUGUACCUUGGAGGGCGGCAGAAUGACUAUGGGGAUUACAUGGGUGUGGCCAUGAAAAAUGAUGGACUGUUGUGGGUUUACAAACUGGGCAGUGAGGAGGCUACCCUUCAGACAGACUCAGAAGUCAGCAGCAACAGAUUUGACAUGGUCACACUGGAAAGGAUACUGCAAUUUGGGCGAAUCUCAUACGAAAUCUCUGAAGCAAGGGGCACAGUGAAUGAAGCCAGGCGAGAGGGGAUGGCGAAAGGCGAUAAUGCCUUACUCAAUCUAAACCCAGAAAAUGUGGUGUUCUAUGUUGGUGGCUACCCUCCUGAUUUCACUCCUCCUGAAUCGAUACGCUACCCCAGCUUUAAAGGGUGCAUCGAACUUGGAACUCUGAAUGAAGAAGUCAUCAGUCUGUACAAUCUGGUCCAAACAUUCCAUCUAAACACGACAGCUGAUGAACCUUGCAGGAGGUAUAAAUCCACUCAAGGUGCAGACAGUGACAGUUCUUACUUUGAUGGCACUGGUUAUGCCAAAAUUAAAAUGCCAGGCUCAUUUUCCUCAGUGUCUCGCUUUGAGCAGGAGGUUCGCAUUGCUUCAUAUAAUGGUAUCCUCUUCUUCAUGCAGGAGGAGGGAAAAUACCUCUGCUUAGCCAUCGAGAAUGGAAAGUUCGUCCUGUAUGUUGACUUAAACAAUCAACUAAAAAUUGAGCAUGGUAACAGUCAAAGCCAGAACUCUGUCAGUGAUGGACUACAGCAUCAGAUCCAGAUAAUUAUAGUGUUAAGCAAAAAGUUGAAGAUUUACGUGCGUGUGGACAGGAAAACUGUUGUUUCUUCUGAGCAGGAUUCACCACGACCUUCAAUUUCUGAAUACUAUCUUGGCGGUGUUCCUGUAGAAAUACUCCCAGAGAUUCUGAGGAACCGCUUCCCCACAGGUGGAUCUAUAAAAGGCUGCAUGCGAACGGUGAAGGCCCUGGACAAAAAUUUGGAUCUGAAGCGGGAGAAGACCAUUGGAGUCAGUUAUGGGUGCUCAUCUAACCUGCUGGUAUCACGCUCUGCUGAUUUCACAGGCCAGGGGUACAUGAGUCUGAUGCCUCAGAAUGUUCCUGCCCUUCGAGACAACUUCAUGUCAAGCUUUGCUUUCCAGACCCAGCAGCAAAACGCUCUGAUGUUUUACUAUGCCAUGACGGAAGGGAACUGUCAAGUCUCUUUGAAGCAGGGACUAGUGGCUGUUAAGGUGUUUAAUACUGAAGUUAAAAGUCAAACUCAGUAUACAGAUGGGAGCCUGCACUAUGUCUCCUUCCUUAUCAAGAAUGAACAGAUUAAAAUGGCCAUCGAUGAUCAGGAGAAACGGCAAUCAAAAAUAUCCAAGAGAAAGAAGCGCCAGCCUAGGGAGAUUGAGGAGGGGCAUCUUUAUCUGGGUGGUGCGCCAAGAACUGACCUGGGUGCCAACCUGACUGGCUGCAUUAGCAAUGUUUUCAUUUACCGUAAAGAUUCGACCCAGCAGUCAGUUAUGAAUCUCCAGAAGCAUAAAGUGAUGGUGGGAGCAGAGCUGAACAGCUGCCCCAGGGAAAAGCCACCCCAACAGAUCCGACUUCAGAGGAAGGAGAAACCCAGGCAGGCUACAACCAAGCUGAGGAGUAAACAGCAAAUGUCAGAAAGUUGCCGGUUGCCAAGGGAACCAGCUGCUGUCAGCAAUGCCCAAUAUUUCAGAGGUUCCCAUCUCAGCCGCUUGGAAUAUGACAACAUUCCAGAAUCCUUCCAUUUGAGGUCAAGUUUCUCCAUGGAAGUUCGCUGUAAUUCAUCCCAUGGGAUACUUUUCUAUGUAUCCAAUGAACAGGAAACCACCUUCAUGGCUCUCUUGCUUUCCAAAGGCCGUUUUGUCUUCAUGUUUUACAUCAAAGGGAAGAAACUACGUAUUGCAAGUAGAGAAAAGUAUAACGAUGGAUUGUGGCACACAAUAUUUUUCAGCAGAGACAGAAACCAAGGACAGUUGGUGAUCGACGGUCUACGAGCACAAACCCGGGACAUCUCAUUCACAGCUUCCUUGGACAUAAGAGCUCCAUUCUACGUAGGUGCAGUGCCGAAAGGAAAAGCGAGGAGGAUUGCUCAGGGCACUUCUGCUAGCAGGAUUAACGCAUGUAUCAGGAACUUCCAACUGAAUGGAAAACCAAUGGAACCUCCUUCGCGUGCUUACAAUGUCACACCUUGUUUUGAGGGAAGUCUCGAAGCAGGGACAUUUUUCUCCAGUGCAGGAGGCUACAUGAUUAUAGAUGAGUUUUUUGUACUUGACAAAGAGUAUGAACUAAUGUUUGAAGUGCGGCCCAGGAGUUUGUCGGGUAUAUUUUUCCAUGUUGGAAGAACACAAAGCCAUUACUUCAGUCUGUACACAGAAAAUGGAAAGGUUAUUGUGCAGUUGAAUAAUGGAGCUGGGGAAUUCUCUGCAUCAGUCACUCCAGAACAGUCUCUAUGUGACGGGCAGUGGCAUCGUAUAGCAGUUAUCAAAAGGAAAAACGUGAUACAAAUUGAUGUGGAUACUGAGCGUAGUUACACAGUGGGACCAUUGCAUGUUCCACGUACUAAUUCUAAACAGAUCUUUUAUGUGGGAGGCAUACCAGACACUGUGCAAAUUCCAAUGUUGUCUCCAAUACGUCACUCAUUUGUUGGCUGUGUAAAGAAUUUCUUAAUUAAUCAAAAUUCAGUACAGUUAAAUCAACCAAGAUCUAUACACGGUGGUGUUAUUACCAGCGGCUGCCCUUUAUUGUAAUCAGAAUGGAAAGAAUAAAACACUUUACCAAAUCUGUUAUGAUUUUCAAUCCACUUAUGCACUUAAAAUUUGUACUGUAUUUUGCUGCAAAUUUUUAUAAGCUAUUUUAAUAGCCUUUUUAUUUGGUAUUUUGGGAGGAAAAUAUUAAAGGGGUAAAACUUAUGCUGCAACACUGGUUUUACAUUUUAAGAUCCUGUUUUACAUUUGUAGCACUAUGUGCAGAACACUGGCACAUAAUCAAGUCAAAAUAAAACUUCCUAUACUGUGUGGCUUGUCCAUUUUGAAUCACUGUUUGCUCUGCAGAUUAAUUUCAUGCAAAGAAAAAGGACUGCAAUACUGCUGCUAUAAUUAACUGCAGAGUCUUUGGUGGAGGGAGAAGGACAACCAAAAUCAUGACAGUAGGUUGGAGAAAUGGAACUAAUUUAAAGUAUUCAGUUAUGUUGGAGAGUUAAAAUUCAAAUGCAGCAUUUGUCUUGCAGCAUCAUCUGCAAUUUAUAUCUUCAUACACCUUUAACAUUUGCCAUCUAUUAAUUUAUCUUUUUUUAAACAAAAUGAUUAUUAUAAGCUUAGAUCAUCCUCAAACAGCCAAUGAAGUGCUUCUGAUAGGUAAUCACUUUUCCAAGAAUGAAGCUUACCAAACAGUAUUAUUCCAGUAUUCUUUACAAGUAACCUAUAUAUAGAAUUGUUCAGGCCAUAAUUAAAAUCCUUGCAGUUUUCAGUAGCCUUUUAACAAGCAGUAGUGCACUAAUGGGGCAAGAAGAGAAACAGACUAUUUGCACUGGAGCUAAGCAUACAAAAAAAAUUGGAGCACUUACUCUGGCUGGAGAAUCAGUAACAAACGAAUACCCAAUUAAAAGUAACUAAAGGACACUGUAUAAAGAAUACAUAACUUGUAGAACAUUUACCAAUGGGCAUUCUGAAUUGUUCUGUUCUAACAGUCAGGUGUAUUAAACCACACUGUUGCACAGAAUUCUGAAACUCUGGAAUAAUUUAGACAUCAGCAGCACAUGCGCAAAAGAACUGAUUUUAAAAAUGCACUCUUACUUGAAGCAGUUCUCCAGGGCAAGGGCCCCCAAGGAUGAUUUCUUCAAAAGAAAAUCUGAACUAGCACAAGUCACAACAUCCAGAUUUAUAGUGUCAAAGGACAGUGUUCCUUUCAGGCAUUCAAAAACCAUUCAAAACUCCUUAGACACUUAAAAUACUCAAAGCAUUUAAAAAACAAAUCAACAUACUUACAAAGUCCUUUGCAGCCAUUCUUCCACUCCUUAUGCAGGAUCUUCAGACAAAUUCCUCACCAUACUUCUGAGGAAUUACUUAAACUUUUCACUUUCUUGCUGAAGUCUACUACCCAACCACAACCUGCUGCUCAGCAGCAAAUCACUGACAAACUUCAGGAUUACCACAUUUGCAAAUACAGGAAUCCUGCAGUCCCUGCCAAUUACAGAGGGUAAUGCUAAUAGCAGCAUCCUGUAACUUAGAGGCCACUUUGUACAAAUAAAAUUUAUUAAAAAAUUUAAAUAACUGACAUUAACAAAAUUCUCUUGCCCUAUAAAGAACCUUUAAUAGUGGUGAGUGAGUUUCAGGAUUAAUAGAAGACAACCACAAUUUACUAUUCUUUAGACUAAAUGCAUUAAUCAUUACAUUAACAUCUUUA